AUGGCUGCAUAUUUGUACUUGUGUCUCGCUUUCAUAAUAUCUACAUCCGCGGAGUUUGCGUGGAAACAUCAUAAUAAUGAGCAACUACCCAUCGUGCUGGAAGAAGUUCAUGCAAAGUGUCCAAAUAUAACGAGAGUUUAUGCUUUGUCUGAACCAUCAGUUUGUGGUGUUCCUUUGUAUGUAAUAGAAUUCGCUGACACUCCUGGAUUCCACCAACCAUAUAAACCUGAGGUGAAAUAUGUUGGUAACAUCCAUGGAAACGAGGUAUUGGGUCGGGAAUUGCUGUUAGGACUGGCUCAUUACCUCUGUGAUCAGUACAACAGUCAUGAUCGCCGAAUCCGUGCUCUUAUACAUUCCACACGAAUCCACUUGUUACCAUCCAUGAAUCCAGAUGGCUGGCAAUUAUCCACCGCUACUGGAACAUUAGAUUAUCUCAUUGGCCGCACCAAUAACCAUUCAGUGGAUUUAAAUAGAAAUUUCCCAGAUCUAGAUGCAAUCACAUUUGAGUUUGAACGCCAAGGCAUCAAUCAUAAUAACCAUUUGUUGAAAGACUUGACUCGUCUUGCUGCACCGUUGGAACCUGAAACUCGGGCUGUUAUGCGCUGGAUUAUGUCUGUACCAUUUGUAUUGAGUGCAGCAAUGCACGGAGGUGACCUAGUAGCUAACUAUCCCUAUGAUGAGAGCCGGAGUGGGGCUCCUGUUUCUGAAUAUUCGGCUAGCCCUGAUGAUGACACAUUCAGGGAGUUAGCUAUGACAUAUGCGUCGGCUCACGCGGAUAUGGCUUCAGCGACCCGUCGCGGCUGUCACACGACCAGCUCUGAUGAGUCUGCUACUUACAACUUCGGGAAACAAGGAGGUGUCACUAAUGGAGCAGCCUGGUACAGUUUGAAAGGAGGUAUGCAAGAUUUUAACUAUCUUGCUACAAAUGCGUUCGAAAUCACCCUGGAACUUGGCUGCGACAAAUAUCCCCCUGCAAAUGCUCUGGCUAAGGAAUGGGAAAGGAACCGUGAAGCGUUGCUGGCGUACUUGUGGAAGGCACAUGCUGGUAUCAAAGGAAUAGUGUCUGACGACUCUGGAUUCAUACAAAACGCCAUCAUAUCUGUAGUCAACAUCACCGGACCAAUCCCAAGACCUAUCCGUCAUGACGUCACCACAGGUGCAUACGGCGACUACUACCGUCUGUUGACUCCUGGACACUACGAGGUGACGGCGAGUCACCCCGGCUACUUCCCAGUGUCGCGCGUCGCUACCGUGCCACGCCACCAGAGCUCUGCACAUAUCCUCAACUUUAAACUGGAGCCUACUACAAGCUGGUUCGAUGACGAUACAACUUUCGGAAUGUACCCACACGGACUACGCGAUGGUCAACCCAGGAUAUACAAACGAUCUCUAUAUGAACAAGUGGCUAAAUCAAUUCUGGAGAAGAAAGAACCGGAGAAACAAUAA